GUUACUUCCGGUGAGGGAAAAUUAAGAAUUUCAAAAUAAAGACGGAGAUUCAAGAAGCAAAUACAAAGAACAUAUCUGAAACUUACUACGUCAAAGUGAAAUGACACAAAAUGGCAACCAAACAAUUAGCAAAAAAAAUGGGUUUGAUUAAGCGCAGGGCAGUUGUUAACAAUUUUGCAAAGAGAUCUCCAAAAGAAGAUCAGAAGUAUAGUUAUUUAUUGAUCAUGGAUUUUGAAUCAACUUGUUGGCAAAAUGAUAAGUAUAGAACACAAGAAAUCAUUGAAUUUCCUGCAGUAUUAUUAAAUCUGUCUAAUGGUGAAAUAGAAGAUGAAUUUCAGUUUUAUAUACAGCCACAAGAAGAACCUGUAUUGAGUAUGUUUUGUAAGGAGCUCACUGGUAUUUCUCAGCAACAAGUAGAUGAAGGAAUACCUCUAGCUCUAUGUAUUAAGAAGUUCAACCAUUGGUUAGAGAAGAUAGAAAGAGAGAAGAAUAUUAUGUUUAAUAAUGCUGAUUUUGUACCACCAGGAGUCAAAGCUGCUACUGUAGUCACUUGGUCAGAUUGGGAUUUGAGUGUAUGUUUACUAUACGAAGCCAGAAGGAAACAGAUUCGAACACCUUAUCAAUUGAAUAAUUGGAUUGAUCUUAGAUCUACAUACAGGAAAUUUUACAAGAGAAAACCAAAUGGAUUAAAUGGAGCCUUACAAGAUGUUGGAAUUCAAUUUGAAGGCAGAGAACAUUCAGGUUUGCAUGACUCAAGAAAUACUGCUCAUCUGGCUUGGAGAAUGGUACAAGAUGGUUGUAUAAUGAAUAUUACUAGAUCUUUAAAUCCGGUGAGAUGAUUUAACUAGAGUUCUUAUCAGGAGUGGAGCUGGUGCACCUGGUUUUGUGGUCCUACAUGUCUUUCAAAUUGUCAAAAGUACUGUAAAAUAAUUGUGAUUAAAGUGCUGCUAAAAUUGUGAUAAUAAUAUGUAUAUUAAAAACCAAAUUUUUUGAUAUGAUAAAAUUAUUUUCAAGUUUU